AUGGAGUUGGCUUGCAGGUCAAUUCUAUCUCGGAGGCUAAUUUUCCCCCGUACCCGACAAUGGGGACAACCCCCUAUGCUCAUCCCAACAUACUCAUGCGUUUUCGCCCAUCCUACUGCCCGUAAAAGUACGCCGCAACGUCAGUUCACUAACUCACGAACCCUCGCUGCGGAUAAUUCCUUCCUCAAUUUUGCACCCUCUUCCAGCGGUGGUUCCAUCCCCCCGACAUACUUUUCCCACCGCCAAUCUCUCCCCGCAAAUACGAUCAUUAGAUUUGUUCCACAGCAGACGGCAUGGAUUGUGGAGCGCAUGGGAAAAUUUCAUAGAAUCUUGGAACCCGGGUUAGCGAUUUUGAUACCUUUUCUUGAUCGGAUUGCAUACGUAAAAAGUUUGAAGGAGGUAGCCAUUGAGAUUCCUAGUCAGAAUGCUAUCACGGCGGAUAACGUGACGCUAGAGCUAGACGGUGUUCUCUAUACGAGAGUCUUUGAUGCGUAUAAGGCUAGCUAUGGUGUUGAAGACGCCGAAUAUGCCAUUUCCCAGCUUGCACAAACUACGAUGCGUUCCGAAAUCGGCCAGCUGACUCUGGAUCAUGUUCUUAAAGAGCGUGCGAACCUCAAUGCGAACAUUUCUCAAGCUAUUAAUGAAGCGGCGCAGGACUGGGGCGUCGUGUGCCUUCGUUACGAGAUUAGAGAUAUCCAUGCGCCUGAGGGAGUUGUGGCGGCUAUGCAUCGUCAAGUUACUGCAGAAAGAUCUAAGAGAGCUGAGAUCUUGGAGUCUGAAGGGCAAAGACAGAGUGCGAUCAAUAUAGCUGAGGGUCGGAAGCAAUCAGUUAUUUUGGCAUCGGAGGCUUUGAAAAUGGAGCAGAUUAAUCUUGCAGAGGGUGAAGCUAAGUCGAUUCGGCUCAGAGCCGAUGCUACGGCUCGAGGCAUUGAUUCGAUUGCAAAGUCCAUUGAGGAGGGCCAGCAAAAUGCACAAGCAGCAGUUAGCCUUUCUGUUGCUGAGAAAUACGUCGAUGCGUUUGGCAAACUCGCACGUGAAGGAACGGCGGUUGUUGUUCCAGGGAAUGUGGGGGAUAUGGGUGGCAUGAUUGCAAGUGCGCUGGCUGUGUAUGGGAAGGUUACUGAGAGCCAGGCAAAAGUAAUGGCUUCAAAGGCUAUUUUGCCAAAGGAAUCUUCGAGUCAGAAUGAGAGUGUCAACCAGAACGCGGCUGAGGAAGAGCUAAGCAGACGGCAGAGUCAUGCCCAGCAGCAAGAGCAAGCGGGGGGCGAACGCGAUGUUACUGACAGUGUCUUGGAGUCGUUUGAAGAGACCAGCAAUCACGGAAGACCAUUAUGA